CCCUGGAAGUUGGGAAAGGCUAACACAGAGAGACACUUGAAAAAAAACUAAAAAUAAUGGCUCUGAUUUUAAACCAAAUGGCAUUUCCGCCUCUAACUCAACCCGGUAGUCUCAGAACUCGCAGAGUUUGCGUGGCGUCAACUGUUAACAAUCCUCCAAGUAAGGUUGAGAUCAAUUUAGAGAAGCCUUUCAGUCCUCGGCGAGAGGCUCCACAUGCACAAGUGACCCAUUCCAUGCCUCCAGAGAAAAUGCAAAUUUUCAAGUCUUUAGAGAAAUGGGCAGAGGAAAACAUCCUGAUUUACUUAAAGCAUGUCGAGAAAAAUUGGCAGCCAAGCGAUUUUCUUCCCGACUCGAGCUCCGAAGGAUUCGAUGAGGAAGUGAGAGAGCUGAGGGGAAGAGCAAAGGGAAUUCCCGACGACUAUUUUGUGGUGUUGGUAGGGGACAUGAUCACAGAGGAAGCGCUUCCGACGUACCAAACGGUUCUCAGUACUUUAGAUGGGGUCCGAGAUGAGAUGGGAGUGAGCCCGACUUCUUGGGCUGUUUGGAUGCGGGGGUGGACCGCGGAGGAGAAUAGACAUGGCGACCUUCUUAAUAAGUAUAUUCACCUUUCUGGACGUGUUGACACGUGGCAAACUAAGAAGACAAUUCAGUACUUGAUAGGUUCAGGAAUGGAUCUUCAAACCGAAAACAACCCCUAUCUUUGCUACAUUUACACUUCCUUUCAAGAAAGAGCAACCUUUAUCUCUCAUGGGAACACUGCCAAGCUAGCCAAGCACCACGGAGACCUAAAACUGGCACAGAUCUGCGGCACGAUCGCAGCAGACGAGAAGCGCCACGAAACCGCCUACACCAAGAUCGUCGAGAAGCUCUUCAAGAUCGACCCGAACGACACCAUGUUGGCUUUCGCCGACAUGAUGAGGAAACGGAUCACGAUGCCGGCCCACUUCAUGUACGAUGGCAGGGACAAAAACCUGUUCGAGCACUUCUCUACCGUGGCGCAGAGGCUCGGGGUUUACACUACCAGGGACUAUUGUGAUAUUUUGGAAUACUUUGUGGGGAGAUGGGAUGUGGAGAAGUUGACUGGGCUUUCAUGUGAGGGACGUAGAGCGCAAGACCAUGAGUGUGGGUUGCCUCAGAGGAUUAGGAAAAUAGAGGAGAGAGUUGCGAGUAGCAUUGGGAAGGCAUCCCCCGUUCCUUUCAGUUGGGUCUUCGGUAGAGAAAUCUAA